AUGGGCUUAGAUACCAGAGAGCACUUUCCAGUCCAUCCAUGGGGUCCGAGAAUCGGUUGGAACAUUCUUUGGCAGGCAACUGUUCCUGCUCACACCUCUGCAUUUUGGAGAUCUCUCACGAGGACAUUCAUGGGAUCCGUAAAUCAACCCCAUUUCCUAUUGGAGAUCAAACUUUUUGUGGGCCUCAAGAUUCUGAAUCUUCCAGCAGUUGAGUUUCUGAGCAUCCGGCUUUCAAAAGUUGGUGGUGGCUCAGCAAUAAUUGAAAGCAGCUCCCCCAUGUGGAAGGUGCCUGUAAGCAUUUUUCAGGCUCGAAAGCAUCCAGGUGAUAAUACCUUAAAGAAAGAGAAGUGGACAAAGUUUGAAGGGUUUCCGGGUGAGGAGAAAGAGGAUGUGGAUCCGGUCUACUGUCCUUACUUUGAUUCGUUGUGGGGACAGAAGGUGGAGGCGGUGGUGAUGGCGGUUGUGAAGGAGGCGGUGGAGGCGGAGGAUCAGAGGAACUUGGGGGAGGAGACGGAGGAAGUGGUGGUUGCAAAGGCUGGUGACUGA